GGAUCUAGAUUUUCUCUCUCGCUGCGAUUUAAUGCGCCUCGAGGAAGUAAUUCUUGCGCGCUGAGACACUGGUCCCGUCAUAUUCAGAAGGUGAGAGUCAUGACUGGACCACGGCAGUCACUCUCUCACCUGCCGUGGCUGUGAUGCUGGAGUGAGCGAGUGGGCGGAGGCGGGCUUUUAAGACCGUCCUCUCUGGAGCCGUCAACUAUCGCUUUCAGUGAAUUCCACACAUCGCUCCGCUCCGCCACCCCGGACUCGCUGCCUCUCUUUAUUUUAUUCAUUUAAAAAGUCAUGAUUAGAAACGAGGUCUUCUCCUGUUUCGUCUUCUAUGCAGUCCUUCUUGUUUUAAAGAUGUACAUUAUUGCGAUUAUAACCGGACAAGUCCGGCUCCGUAAAAAGGCUUUUGCCAACCCUGAAGACGCGUUGAGACACGGAGGCUUGCAGUUUCACAGAGUUGAUCCGUAUGUGGAGAGAUGCCUGAGGGCUCACAGAAACGACUUGGAAAACAUCCUUCCCUUCCUGUUCGUUGGAGCCGUCUACACCAUGAUUGGCCCGUCGCUCUUCGCGGCCCGUUUACACUUCCUGGUCUUCUUCGUAGCCCGGGUCCUGCACAGCGUCGCCUACCUUCUCGCCCUCCCGGCACCCACUCGCUCGCUGGUCUACACCAUCGCACAGAUCCCCUGCGUUUCCAUGGCACUGCAGGUCCUGGUGGCGGUUUGUUCUUUUGCAUAAAGAUAUCACCGGGGAUGUCAAAGGACUCUGGCAGUGCAAUACAAGGAACCAGACAGUAUUUUUAUUUAAAUAUUCAAAUGUGAUUGUGGAAGUAAUUUGAAGUAAACAUCUCAAACUGAGUUUCCAUAUGAAGGCCAGGGCUGAUUUGUACUUGAAACUAGUUUUUUUUUUAUUGGAACAUUCGGACGCACCCCUGAAGUGUUUUCACACAAACACAGGCCCCCAUUCAUGCAGAAGUCUGUCUCCUGUGUGGUCGUGUGUUGUGUUAACAUUUGCUGGCAAAGCAAAGUCAACAAACGUGCGGCCACGACGUGUGAACUCGGACAAUGUGUUUCCUGUCAUUGCUUCAAUCCUUUUUUUUUCUAUGUUAAAAGUACUAAUUUAUGAUUCAAAUAUGUGUCUGUUGUCUAUUUCUGACGGGGCCUCACUUUUGUGUUUGUGCAUGAGAAAGUCUGCGGCAAAGAUCCAACAUUCCUGCUCCGGUUAUGUAA